CCCAAGAUGAAGUGAGAGGCUUGGCCCCGUCAAAGGGCUCCCUGAGAGCCCCCUCCUUCCUCCUCCUUAACAAGCUGGUCAGCAGUGCAGGGAUUAGGAAAGCCAGCUCCGCUCAGGAACUACAGACACACCGGGGAUUGAAAUAAGCGUGAAUCAUGCCCGUCGUCAUCUGUGUCGGCUGGGAGCGGAGCCGAAAUUGUGAAAGAUACGGAUAAUACCAGGAGGAGGAGGAGAGGUGGAAAGAGUCACGCUCCCAGGUCUCUUCCGUGGAAAAUGCCUCUUCAGGGACUCCGCUGCUGCCGCUCGGACCCGUCGCAUUAUGCCGCCCACCUCUGGUGUGUUUUAUUUUAAACAAGAAGAAGAAGCAGCAGCAGUGACCUGGAUAAUAAACCCGAUAAGAGCCGCAUAAACAGGCAGAAAACGUAAGGGCGUGUGGGAUAUACUUCCAAUAAAUUGCGAGGGAUUUUCAUCGAGAGUUAACAGGAAAGAAAAAAAGUUGUGCCCGCUUGCUGGUGUUUUACCAAAAAAAAGGAGCAAACAUGGGAAACGCAGGGAGCAUUGACCAGCACACCGACCACCGACACAACAUGCCCCUGAAACUGCCCAUGCCAGAGCCGGGGGAGCUGGAGGAGAGGUUCGCACACGUUCUGAACUCAAUGAAUCUUCCUCCAGACAAGGCUCGACUGCUGCGACAAUAUGAUAAUGAAAAGAAAUGGGAACUAAUCUGCGAUCAGGAGCGAUUUCAAGUGAAGAACCCACCUCACACAUAUCUCCAGAAGCUAAGGAGCUAUCUAGACCCUGCAGUGACACGAAAGAAAUUCAGACGGCGGGUACAAGAAUCCACCCAAGUCCUGAGAGAACUGGAAAUUUCGUUGCGGACCAAUCAUAUAGGGUGGGUGAGGGAGUUCUUAAAUGAAGAGAACAAAGGCCUAGAUGUGCUGGUGGAGUACCUUUCAUUCGCGCAGUACGCCGUCACUUAUGAUGGUGACUCCUUGGAAAACAAUGCAGAUGUUAUGAUGGACAAGUCCAAGACCUGGAGCCGGUCUAUAGAGGACUUGCAUGGAGGGGGUACCCUGCCAGCCCACAUCACGGGGAACGGCAUCACUCGGGGCGGGCGGCAUUCCACGUUACGCUGCAGCACACUGCCGAGCAGGAGAACACUGAAAAACUCCAGACUUGUCUGUAAAAAGGACGACGUCCAUGUUUGCAUCAUGUGCCUACGUGCCAUCAUGAACUAUCAGUAUGGCUUCAACAUGGUCAUGUCACACCCACAUGCUGUGAAUGAAAUUGCACUAAGUCUCAACAAUAAAAAUCCACGAACCAAAGCUCUGGUGUUGGAGCUCCUGGCGGCAGUUUGUCUAGUGAGAGGAGGCCAUGAAAUUAUUCUCUCCGCCUUUGACAACUUCAAGGAGGUAUGUGUGGAGUCGCAGCGGUUUGAGAAGCUUAUGGAGUACUUCAAGAAUGAAGACAACAACAUUGACUUCAUGGUUGCAUGUAUGCAGUUCAUCAACAUUGUUGUGCACUCAGUGGAGGACAUGAACUUUAGAGUUCACCUACAGUACGACUUCACCAAGCUGGGCUUGGACGACUACUUGGAUAAACUGAAGCAUACAGAGAGCGAUAAGCUCCAGGUUCAGAUCCAGGCCUACUUGGAUAACGUGUUUGAUGUUGGAGCGCUGCUUGAGGAUGCAGAGACCAAAAAUGCUGCCCUGGAGCGAGUGGAGGAGCUGGAGGAGAACAUGUCGCAUAUGACAGAGAAGCUGCAGGACAUGGAAAAUGAAGCUAUGGCCAAGAUUGUGGAGCUGGAAAAACAGCUGAUGACGAGAAACAAGGAACUUGAAGCCAUCAAAGAAGUCUACAAAGACUCCACCUCUCAGAUUCACUCGCUGAGGCUGAUGCUUAAAGAGAAGGAUGAGGCCAUCCAGCGCCAGAGUAAGCUGGAGAAGAAGAUCCACGAGCUGGAAAAGCAGGGAACCAUUCGGAUCCAGAAGAAGGGAGAUGGAGACAUCUCAAUCUUGCCUUCUUUGCUGCCCGGUGUGGAGGGUCUGCCAGGUGCCAUGGUGGGGGCAAACGGGAUGGCUGCCUGUCAGAACAAUGCAGGAGUUGCAGGAGGCAUGUCUUCUGUACCUGCUCCCCCUCCUCCACCUCCUCCGCUGCCAGUCAACGGGCAAUUGCCAAAUGGACCAUCGAUGGAAAUUCCCGCUGCAGCUGCCCCACCUCCACCGCCGCCACCUCCUCCGCCACCGCCGCCCCCCGGGCUCCCGUCAGAGAUUUCUGCCCCUCUGCCUCCUCCACCUCCACCUAUGGCACCCCCACUUCCCGGAUGUGGGACGCCCACUGUGAUCAUGAAUUCAGGAUUGGCAGAGGGACCCAUCAAGCUUUUCUCUGUUAAGAUCAAGAAACCCAUCAAGACAAAGUUCCGCAUGCCUGUCUUCAACUGGGUAGCCCUGAAACCAAAUCAGAUCAACGGGACCGUCUUCAACGAGAUCGAUGACGAGAGGAUACUCGAGGACCUGAAUGUUGAUGAGUUUGAGGAGAUGUUUAAGACUAAAGCUCAGGGCCCAUCCAUUGACCUCACCAUGAACAAGCAGAAGGUCACUCACAAGGGACCCAACAAGGUGGCCCUGCUGGACUCCAACAGGGCAAAGAACCUGGCUAUCACACUGAGGAAAGUGGGCAAGACGACCGAGGAGAUCUGCAAGGCCAUUCAGCUAUUCGACCUGCGGACUCUGCCGGUAGAUUUUGUGGAGUGCCUGAUGCGCUUCCAGCCCACCGAGAACGAGGUCAAAAUCCUGCGACAGUUCGAGAAGGAGCGCAAGCCUCUGGAGAGCCUGACUGACGAGGACCGCUUCAUGAUGCAGUUCAGCAAGAUCGAGCGGCUCAUGCAGAAGAUGACCAUCAUGGCCUUCAUCGGAAACUUCAGCGAAAGCGUGCAGAUGCUCACGCCGCAACUUCAUGCCGUCAUUGCAGCGUCUGUGUCCAUCAAGUCAUCUCAGAAGUUAAAGAAGAUUUUAGAGAUUAUUUUGGCACUUGGAAACUACAUGAACAGCAGCAAAAGAGGAGCAGUGUAUGGAUUUAAGCUGCAGAGUUUAGAUUUGCUUCUUGAUACCAAGUCAACUGACCGGAAAAUGACCAUGCUGCACUACAUCGCCAACGUGGUCAAAGAGAAAUACCCACAAGUGUCUCUGUUCCACAAUGAAUUGCACUAUGUUGAAAAGGCAGCAGCAGUGUCGCUGGAGAAUGUCCUGCUGGACGUUAAGGAGCUGCAGAGAGGCAUAGAGCUGACCAGAAGAGAGUACAGCAUGCACGGUCACAACACCAUGCUGAAAGACUUCAUCACACACAACGAGAGCAAGCUGAAAAAGUUGCAGGAUGAUGCCAAAAUUGCACAGGACGCCUUUGAUGAGGCUGUGAAGUUCUUCGGAGAGAACUCCAAGACAACGCCUCCGUCUGUUUUCUUCCCAGUGUUUGUGCGAUUUGUGAAAGCCUACAGGCAAGCGGAGGAGGACAAUGAGCAGAAAAAGCGGCAGGAACAGCUCUUGAUGGAGAAACUUCUAGAACAGGAGGCUAUGAUGGAGGAAGACCAGAAGUCUCCCUCCCAUAAAAGCAAGCGGCAGCAGCAGGAGCUGAUCCAGGAGCUCAGGAGGAAGCAGGUGAAGGACAGCCGUCACGUCUACGAGGGCAAAGAUGGCGCCAUCGAGGACAUCAUCACGGUGCUGAAGACCGUGCCCUUUACCGCCCGCACAGCCAAGCGCGGGUCUCGGUUCUUCUGCGAGCCCGCUCUCAAUGAGGAGUACCAUUACUAAAGCUUGUAGAUCUCUGUCUCUUCUUAAAGAUUUGAGGAAUCAGCCUUACAGGCGAGCGGACGCCGUGCGGAGGAGCGUCAGAAGGCGCUACGACGAUCAGAACCUGCGGCCGGUGAACAAUGGAGAAGUGGUCAUGUGACGAGGGGAAACAGAGGACGUGCAGGAGAGGAUGGGAGGAGAGGAACGUGGAUGGAUGGUGGGAAGGAAAGUCCGAUGCAGAACAAAGGAUAUCGGGUGUUUGUAGCAAAUAACGAGAGGACUGUAUAUGCGCUAAUAUCAAACAAUGAAGGACUGAGACGUGUUUGGGACCGAAUUUAGCGUAGAAAUCAAGCCAAGUGCCUGAACUUUUUUGUUUUGUGAUCUUUUUUGUCUUCUGUAUGAAUGUUUUAAUUAUACCCCCAGUCCCCUGGUACCCAUGAGCAAUACAACUUGAGUUGGCUUUAAUGUUGAUGAGAUAUUAAACUGGACAUGCAGUGGCCUUAAGGGCCAUGUGAAACGGUUAUCCUGGAAAAGCUACCUUAGAAUGUACUGGAAGUGUUUGCUCUGUUUUUCCAAGUUUUUCCUCUGUUUCUUAACUUUUGACACAUUCCAGUGCUCUCAUUCAUUCCCCACAAACCUUUUUUAAUCAUCUCAUUCUUCUUUUAAUAAAUCGGGGUGAGCUGGCAUGAGGAAAGUGAGCAAAAUGUAUUUAAGACUAUAUUUUUACUAAAAUAUGUUUUAAAAAAAAGAAAAAAUGUAAAAAAAAAAAAGACCACUCUAAUGUGAACUGUAUUUAUUGCAGACAUCUACACACUUUCUACAGCGCCUGGCAAAAGUAUUCGUACUGCUUAAACUUUUUGUUUUUAUUUGGAAUUUAUGUUAUAGAUCAACACAAAGUGGUGUAUAUUUGAAGGACACCGAAGCGUGGUUUUAGAAUCAAUUUGACGUAAAAAUCUCAAAAGUGUGGCAUGCAUUUGUUUUCAUUUGCCCCAGGCAAAUUCUUUAUAGAGCCCACUUUAGCAGCAAGUCUUUUGAAGCAUGUCUCAAGCAGUGCAACAUGUCAAUUUUCAGAUGGUCCCUGCUUAAGAAAACCAUCCCACAUAAUAAUUCUGCCAAUACCAUGUUUCAGACUGUGGCUAGAGUUCAGGGCUUUGGUUUUCCAUCACAAUUUUUAUAGAAUGGAAUAUAUUUUAUUGAUCCCCAAGCGGAAAUUGCUUAUUUGUUGAACGAUAUACCUAAGAGUGAAUAAUAAAGGGUGAAUAGUUCAAAAUGACAAGAUAUAAAUAAAUAAAUAGCAAGCAAUCACAUGCAAUAUAUUAAUAAACAACCUAUAAAUGAGCGCAGAAAAAAAUUGAAUCAAUUAGCACAGACUUGGGCAUUGUAAAGCCUGAUGGCAACAGGCAGAAAUGACUUUCUGUGGUGCACUUUGGCAAAAUGAGUCUCUGGCUCAAGGUGCUCCUGUAUCCGGUCAGCACGUCAUGGAGUGGAUGAGACUCGUUGUCCAAGAUGACCUGCAUCUUGGACAGGAUCCUUCUUUCUGACACCACUGACAGAGAGUCCAGCUCCACUCCAACGACGUUACUGGCCUUCCGGAUAUAUAUUUAUAUUUAAUAUAUACUGUAUGUAUAUUUAAAAUCUAAAAAUAAUGCUUAGUUCUUUUUUUUUUUCAAUUUCACAAUUGAGCACUAAUUUGUGUUGAUCUAUUGUUUAAAAUCCUAAUAACGUGUCAGAAUUGGGAGGCAAACACUUUUGCAAGACACUGCAUAUUUGCUGGUAUAUUCAAUGAAAAAUAAUCAGAUUUUGUAGUUUUUAACUGAAAAGUGUUCCUACUUUAACUUCAAUUUAAAUAUUUGCUUUAUUUUUAAAUCAACAGCCUUUUCUGUGGUUUUGGGAACAACUUAAGAGAACUAAACAAGCCUAUAAAGCAACAUUACUCAUUUCCUACGAUGUUCUUAAACUACCCCACACAAUGACUUUAGUAAAACUUGAUACAAUUGAACAAUAAGUUGCUACUGUCUUCUCACUUUACUGUAUUUUAAUGUAUAGUAUUUAACCACUGAAACAAAACCAUUGAAGCUUUUCAUAUUGUGUGUUUGUCAUUAAAGGCACGACCACACAAAAGUUUCCUGUACAGAUAUUUUUCUACAAUUUCUUUUUUUUUUUUACUUACUUUGUCAGAUAGUUAAUAAUGUACAUAUUGUUAAAACAAGUAUUCUUUGCCUUGUGCUAUACAACUUUGAAUGUUAUUUUAACUUAUAGUUUUUUUUUUUUUCAGUUUUUGUGUAUUUAAAUAAGCCAAAUGCGGGCAUAAAUCCACAAUAGUAUGUUUUAAUCAGAAUAUUUCACUGUUGCACAGAAGGCACAGGAUCGUUACGUUUGUUUGGGUCGCAGGUGCAUCACUGCUAAAUGCUUUGAUAUAAAAACAUUAACACAUUUCAGCUGAAUGGCCACACUAACCAUUAAAACUAUUAGUUGGCCUGUAAUGAACUGACAGAGCGAUGCUGCGUCCUGUUAAAGACAGUGCUAUUCUGCUUGUUUUUCUCUCAGCUUCACUGUGUUUAAUUAGAUGAUGCUUCCAACUGGGUAGUACUGGCAUUUUCUCCUCUCACUACAAAUGUAUUGUAGGCAGGUCUCAGUUCUAAAUAACCCUUUUUUUAAGAAUAUGUGAUAUGAGAUUUUCAAGAUAUAAAAUAAACUAUUUACACUGAAUAAA